AUGUAGGCUACUUUCUCUCAUUCAGACCAGCAACCAUUCAUGUUGUUGGACUAUUGCUGUCGUUGCUGUGGAUUCACACUUAUAAAACGCCAUGGACCCUUCACCCUCAAGACUGCACCUAGUGAUACCUGGGUUGUUCUGCAGAAUCUGUUGAUGUGUAUGGUGUGCUUCUACUCUCUCUACUACAUUGCAGUCAGUCUUUGCAUUGGACUGUUCAGGGUUCACGAGAUCAACAGCUUGUUGACCCCAUUUGACUACACAACACAACCAUCAUGGCAGAACCCCAAAUACCUGGUUGGUGUCAUUUCCACAGAAGUGACUUAUGUGUUGGGAGGGCUGGUGUUUGCCUGGAUUGUGGAGGAGUGGGUUUGGGAUUACGCCAUAACUGUCACACUGCUGCACAUCGCAAUGACUGUGGCAGUGAUGUCAGACCUCCCUUCAGCUGAGCACUGGUGGAUUGCCCUGGGUUCAGGUUUGGUGAUGAUGAUAUUUGGAGGACAGCUUCUGGCCUACAAGCUUUUCAGGAACAACUUUGUCUAUCCUGCCGAACUUCAGAACUUCUAAUGAAAACAAGCAAAGCUUUUAACUGGCUUAUUGGUUAAUCCCAGGUUAGACCUAUGCCAGGUGAUUUACUUAUGGCUAGGUUUGUCCAAAUACUGAACAACUAAAGAAUGCCCAUAAAAAUAUGCAAUAUAAAUAUAUACAUGUUUUUUCUUUAAAGCACAAGACAUUAUAUCUUUACUUGUUAACUUGGUUUAUUAGUGAAUAGACAAAUCUUAUAUUGAACAAAUGGUACAACUUUGUCUAUUUAACACUUUUCUACUUGUUCUGUACAGUUUAAAUAAUGUUUAUAUUGUUUAUUUACACUACUCUGUAAACUAAUGGUGAGGAAAAAGUAAAGAUUUAUAUAGCUGGAAAAUUUCUCUGAUCACUAACGUGUAGAAUGUGUUGCAUGACAAAUGUGUAUUUAUAUAGGCUAGUGUAUCGAUCUGAUUUUUAAGGAGAAAAAUAAUCAAAUUUGUGCUAUGUGUGGUGUUUGCAGCUAUCAUCUUUUCAUAUUUCAA